CCUCACUAAUCUCAUGCAAGUUCCAUCUCCUCCUCCUCCUCUCUCCCUCCCUUUAAAUACCCAUCUUUCUUCUCUCUCAAAUCAUAAACUUUCCCUCAUUAAUUAGAGGCCUAGAGAGUGAAGAACCUCUGUUCUUCCUCUUCCUCUUCCUCAGCUCAAACUCUUUGCUCCUCAAAUUCAGCACACCUUUUUCUCCUCAAUUCUUGACAAUUUUUUUUGUCAACAUGUCCACCAUAGUGUGUCAAGGUGUGCAGCCAUGUCUUGAUACACAAGUUCUAGAGAAAACCAUGCUUAGGCUCACAUUGGCUGCACCAAAAUCCAUAGAUUUUAGCAGAGAGAAAUGCCAUUUUGAGGACAUCAUGACCACGAAGGCUAUAACCCUUGGUACUGACACCCACAAUUCCUCAAAUCUUGACUUGGGUGGUUGGAGUUUUCUACAAUCUCUCUCCAAUCUCUCUCCUAAAGAAGAAAAGCCCAAAGAAAGCUCUUAUGUCCACCCUUUGGUUAAGAGGUCUUCAUCUCCAAGGCUCAGUGAAAAGAGCCUAGAAAUUUGCACUGAAAAUCUGGGUAGUGAGACAGGCACCGACACCAUUGAAAGCACCAUUUUCUCUUCCUUUUCAUCAGAUUCAGUGACUGAAACUUCACUCCCAAAAGAAGAAAAGAAGCUCACGAAACAACAAAUGGGGUCUAGGAAGGUGAAUUCUUACAACUUUCCACCUCCCCUGACCUCAAGAAGUGGUUCAAAUUCUCUCCAAUUUAGGCCCCACCGUGAAGGAGGAAGGUUGAUUAUCAAAGCCAUCGAGUCCCCAUCAACACACACUUAUUUUCAAGCAGAACGCAGCAAUGGCCGCCUUCGACUAAGCUUUUUGAAGGACCAUGCCUCUAACUUUGACCUGAACGUCACCACCAUUGAAGAAAAUGAAAGCAUCAGUGAAGAAGAUGAUAUAGACAGAGUCGAAAACGACACUGAGGACGAAGAAAAAGAGGAGGAAGAAAACGAUGAAGAAGAAAAAUAUGAGCUUGAAGAUGAUGAAGAAGAAGAAGAUGAUGACGAAGAAGAAAGUGAUGUUUACUUGAGGAAGGACAUGGAGGGUAAUAGUUUAGAUGUUGAGGUUGAAAUGGGAAUGGAGAAGUUUCAAAGGCCAAGUAGGUGCAAGGAAGGUGGGCGUGGCAAUAAGGGGUUGUGUAAUUGGGAGGCUUUAUGGGUGGCUACUUCCUAGGCUUUUGUACUGAUCGAUUUCUCCAUAUUCAAAUUCCAUAAGUUUUCUUUUAAUUUCCUUUGCCUUUCUCUCCCCUUUCUUUCUUCUGUAUUCCUUUGUUCUAUAAAAAUAUUAUUGUGGUUGGUAGUUAUUAUCGUUA